AUGUGGAUGAUUUUGCGGACAACACCUGCGAGUUCUACCAUCAGCAUAACAGUAGCAGAAACUACAAGUACAUCUGAAACAACAACAGAAGCCAUCCCAACUGAGCCCAGUGCAACUACAACAGGGACAAGCAGUACAUCUACAAUUGCAGAUAUAACUAGCACAACAUUACACACCACGGAGUCGUCGUCAGUCGGAAGCACAACAGUACAACCGACUUCAACGAGUACACUGGUUAGCACAACAACAGAGCAAGGCACAACAAGUACUGUUGACUCAAGCACAACAGUUGCAGAACCCACAAUCACAGUUGAAACCACAACCGAAACCUUCACAACUGAAGCCAGUACAUCUACAUCCACAGAGACACCAACAUCUACAACUUUAGAAAUAACUACAUCAACACCAGACAACACGGAAUCUUCGACAGAAGGAAGCACAACAAUCGAAAUCACCUCCACAAGUACACAGGCAAGCUCUACAACAGAAUCAGGCGCAUCAUCAACUACUAGUGAUGGUAGCACAACAACUGCACAAUCUACAAGCACAACUGAGAGUAUGACUGAAGCCGUCACAACUGAAGCCAGUACAUCUACAUCCGCAGCGACACCAUCCUCCACAAUUCCAGAAACAACUACUACAACAGCAGAAACUACAAUGUCUUCGACAAUGGAUAGUACAAUUUCAGAAACAAGUGCAGCAACAACUGAACCUAGCACAACGGCAACUGAAUCUACAAGUGCAGUUGAAAGUACAACUGAAAGCACCACAACUGAAGCCAGUACAUCUACAUCUGCAGGGACAUCAACAUCUACAACUUUAGAAAUAACUACAUCAACACCAGACAACACGGAAUCUUCGACAGAAGGAAGCACAACAAUACAAAUCAACUCUACAAGUACACAGGCAAGCUCUACAACAGAAUCAGGCGCAUCAUCGACUACUACUGAUGGUAGCACAACAACUGCACAAUCUACAAGCGCAACUGAGACUACGACUGAAGCCUUCACAACUGAAGCCGUUGCAACUGAAGCCAGUACAUCUACAUCCGCAGCGACACCAUCAUCCACAAUUCCAGAAACAACUACUACAACAGGAGAAACUACAAUGUCUUCGACAAUGGGUAGUACAAUUUCAGAAACAAGUGCAGCAACAACAACAACAACAACUGAACCUAGCACAACGACGACUGAAUCUACAAGUGCAGUUGAAAGUACAACUGAAAGCACCACAACUGAAGCCAGUACAUCUACAUCUGCAGAGACAUCAACACCUACAACUUUAGAAAUAACUACAUCAACACCAGACAACACCGAAUCUUCGACAGAAGGAAGCACAACAAUGGAAAUGACCUCCACAAAUACACAGGCAAGCUCUACGACAGAAUCAGGCGCAUCCUCGACUACUACUGAUGGUAGCACAACAACUGCACAAUCUACAAGCGCAACUGAGACUACGACUGAAGCCUUCACAACUGAAGCCGUCGCAACUGAAGCCAGUACAUCUACAUCCGCAGCGACACCAUCAUCCACAAUUCCAGAAACAACUACUACAACAGGAGAAACUACAAUGUCUUCGACAAUGGGUAGUACCAUUUCAGAAACAAGUGCAGCAACAACAACAACUGAACCUAGCACAACGGCGACUGAAUCUACAAGCGCAGUUGAAAGUACAAUUGAAAGCACCACAACUGAAGCCAGUACAUCUACGUCCUCAGUAACAUUAACAUCAACAAGUGCAGAAAUAACUACCACAACACUAGACGCCACGGAACCGUCAAUAGUCGGCAGCACAACUGCAGAAAUAACUUCCACCAGUACUGAGACCAUUUCCACAACAGAGGCAAGUGCAACAACAACUACUAUUGAUGCUAGCACAACCACUGCACAAUCUACAAGCGCCGUUGAGACUACGACUGAAGCCGUCACAGGUGAAGCCAGUGCAUCUACAUCCGCAGUGACACCAACAUCUACAAUUCCAACUAGCACAACAGUAGAAACCAUGGGGUCGUCGACAGUGAGUAGCACAGCUGCUGCAGAAAUCACUUCCAGUAGUGCACAGUCUAUCUCCACAACAGAAACAGGUGCAACAACAACCACAACUGAUGCUAGCACAACCUUGGCUGAAUCUACAAGCGCAUCUGAAACUACCACUGAAGGCAUCACACCUGAAGCCAGCACAUCUAGAUCCGCAGGCACGCCAACAUCAACAACUGCAGAGAUUGCUAGCAUAACAGUAGAAACUACGGAAUCGUCGACAGCCGGCAUCACAACUGCUGAUCCCACGUCCACGAGUUCACAGGCUAGCACAACAACACAGGCAGGCACAACAACAACCAGUACUGACGCUAGCACCUCAGCUGCAGAUACUUCAAGCACAGCAGAGACUACAUCAGAAUCAAUCACAUCUGAACCCACUACAUCUACUUCUGGAUCCACUACUGCAUCAACAAUUGUUGAUACUACCAGUUCUUCUGAAGGGACAACACCUGCGAGUUCUACCAUCAGCAUAACAGUAGCAGAAACUACAAGUACAUCUGAAACAACAACUGAAGCCAUCCCAACUGAGCCCAGUGCAACUACAACAGGGACAAGCAGUACAUCUACAAUUGCAGAUAUAACUAGCACAACAUUACACACCACGGAGUCGUCGUCAGUCGGAAGCACAACAGUACAACCGACUUCAACGAGUACACUGGUUAGCACAACAACAGAGCAAGGCACAACAAGUACUGUUGACUCAAGCACAACAGUUGCAGAACCCACAAUCACAGUUGAAACCACAACCGAAACCUUCACAACUGAAGCCAGUACAUCUACAUCCACAGAGACACCAACAUCUACAACUUUAGAAAUAACUACAUCAACACCAGACAACACGGAAUCUUCGACAGAAGGAAGCACAACAAUCGAAAUCACCUCCACAAGUACACAGGCAAGCUCUACAACAGAAUCAGGCGCAUCAUCAACUACUAGUGAUGGUACCACAACAACUGCACAAUCUACAAGCACAACUGAGAGUAUGACUGAAGCCGUCACAACUGAAGCCAGUACAUCUACAUCCGCAGCGACACCAUCCUCCACAAUUCCAGAAACAACUACUACAACAGCAGAAACUACAAUGUCUUCCACAAUGGAUAGUACAAUUUCAGAAACAAGUGCAGCAACAACUGAACCUAGCACAACGGCAACUGAAUCUACAAGUGCAGUUGAAAGUACAACUGAAAGCACCACAACUGAAGCCAGUACAUCUACAUCUGCAGGGACAUCAACAUCUACAACUUUAGAAAUAACUACAUCAACACCAGACAACACGGAAUCUUCGACAGAAGGAAGCACAACAAUACAAAUCAACUCUACAAGUACACAGGCAAGCUCUACAACAGAAUCAGGCGCAUCAUCGACUACUACUGAUGGUAGCACAACAACUGCACAAUCUACAAACGCAACUGAGACUACGACUGAAGCCUUCACAACUGAAGCCGUCGCAACUGAAGCCAGUACAUCUACAUCCGCAGCGACACCAUCAUCCACAAUUCCAGAAACAACUACUACAACAGGAGAAACUACAAUGUCUUCGACAAUGGGUAGUACCAUUUCAGAAACAAGUGCAGCAACAACAACAACUGAACCUAGCACAACGGCGACUGAAUCUACAAGCGCAGUUGAAAGUACAAUUGAAAGCACCACAACUGAAGCCAGUACAUCUACGUCCUCAGUAACAUUAACAUCAACAAGUGCAGAAAUAACUACCACAACACUAGACGCCACGGAACCGUUAAUAGUCGGCAGCACAACUGCAGAAAUAACUUCCACCAGUACUGAGACCAUUUCCACAACAGAGGCAAGUGCAACAACAACUACUAUUGAUGCUAGCACAACCACUGCACAAUCUACAAGCGCCGUUGAGACUACGACUGAAGCCGUCACAGGUGAAGCCAGUGCAUCUACAUCCGCAGUGACACCAACAUCUACAAUUCCAACUAGCACAACAGUAGAAACCAUGGGGUCGUCGACAGUGAGUAGCACAGCUGCUGCAGAAAUCACUUCCAGUAGUGCACAGUCUAUCUCCACAACAGAAACAGGUGCAACAACAGCCACAACUGAUGCUAGCACAACCUUGGCUGAAUCUACAAGCGCAUCUGAAACUACCACUGAAGGCAUCACACCUGAAGCCAGCACAUCUACAUCCGCAGGCACGCCAACAUCAACAACUGCAGAGAUUGCUAGCAUAACAGUAGAAACUACGGAAUCGUCGACAGCCGGCAUCACAACUGCUGAUCCCACGUCCACGAGUUCACAGGCUAGCACAACAACACAGGCAGGCACAACAACAACCAGUACUGACGCUAGCACCUCAGCUGCAGAUACUUCAAGCACAGCAGAGACUACAUCAGAAUCAAUCACAUCUGAACCCACUACAUCUACUUCUGGAUCCACUACUGCAUCAACAAUUGUUGAUACUACCAGUUCUUCUGAAGGGACAACACCUGCGAGUUCUACCAUCAGAAUAACAGUAGCAGAAACUACAAGUACAUCUGAAACAACAACUGAAGCCAUCCCAACUGAGCCCAGUGCAACUACAACAGGGACAAGCAGUACAUCUACAAUUGCAGAUAUAACUAGCACAACAUUACACACCACGGAGUCGUCGUCAGUCGGAAGCACAACAGUACAACCGACUUCAACGAGUACACUGGUUAGCACAACAACAGAGCAAGGCACAACAAGUACUGUUGACUCAAGCACAACAGUUGCAGAACCCACAAUCACAGUUGAAACCACAACCGAAACCUUCACAACUGAAGCCAGUACAUCUACAUCCACAGAGACACCAACAUCUACAACUUUAGAAAUAACUACAUCAACACCAGACAACACGGAAUCUUCGACAGAAGGAAGCACAACAAUCGAAAUCACCUCCACAAGUACACAGGCAAGCUCUACAACAGAAUCAGGCGCAUCAUCAACUACUAGUGAUGGUAGCACAACAACUGCACAAUCUACAAGCGCAACUGAGAGUAUGACUGAAGCCGUCACAACUGAAGCCAGUACAUCUACAUCCGCAGCGACACCAUCCUCCACAAUUCCAGAAACAACUACUACAACAGCAGAAACUACAAUGUCUUCGACAAUGGAUAGUACAAUUUCAGAAACAAGUGCAGCAACAACUGAACCUAGCACAACGGCAACUGAAUCUACAAGUGCAGUUGAAAGUACAGCUGAAAGCACCACAACUGAAGCCAGUACAUCUACAUCUGCAGAGACAUCAACACCUACAACUUUAGAAAUAACUACAUCAACACCAGACAACACCGAAUCUUCGACAGAAGGAAGCACAACAAUGGAAAUGACCUCCACAAAUACACAGGCAAGCUCUACGACAGAAUCAGGCGCAUCCUCGACUACUACUGAUGGUAGCACAACAACUGCACAAUCUACAAGCGCAACUGAGACUACGACUGAAGCCUUCACAACUGAAGCCGUCGCAACUGAAGCCAGUACAUCUACAUCCGCAGCGACACCAUCAUCCACAAUUCCAGAAACAACUACUACAACAGGAGAAACUACAAUGUCUUCGACAAUGGGUAGUACCAUUUCAGAAACAAGUGCAGCAACAACAACAACUGAACCUAGCACAACGGCGACUGAAUCUACAAGCGCAGUUGAAAGUACAAUUGAAAGCACCACAACUGAAGCCAGUACAUCUACGUCCUCAGUAACAUUAACAUCAACAAGUGCAGAAAUAACUACCACAACACUAGACGCCACGGAACCGUUAAUAGUCGGCAGCACAACUGCAGAAAUAACUUCCACCAGUACUGAGACCAUUUCCACAACAGAGGCAAGUGCAACAACAACUACUAUUGAUGCUAGCACAACCACUGCACAAUCUACAAGCGCCGUUGAGACUACGACUGAAGCCGUCACAGGUGAAGCCAGUGCAUCUACAUCCGCAGUGACACCAACAUCUACAAUUCCAACUAGCACAACAGUAGAAACCAUGGGGUCGUCGACAGUGAGUAGCACAGCUGCUGCAGAAAUCACUUCCAGUAGUGCACAGUCUAUCUCCACAACAGAAACAGGUGCAACAACAGCCACAACUGAUGCUAGCACAACCUUGGCUGAAUCUACAAGCGCAUCUGAAACUACCACUGAAGGCAUCACACCUGAAGCCAGCACAUCUACAUCCGCAGGCACGCCAACAUCAACAACUGCAGAGAUUGCUAGCAUAACAGUAGAAACUACGGAAUCGUCGACAGCCGGCAUCACAACUGCUGAUCCCACGUCCACGAGUUCACAGGCUAGCACAACAACACAGGCAGGCACAACAACAACCAGUACUGACGCUAGCACCUCAGCUGCAGAUACUUCAAGCACAGCAGAGACUACAUCAGAAUCAAUCACAUCUGAACCCACUACAUCUACUUCUGGAUCCACUACUGCAUCAACAAUUGUUGAUACUACCAGUUCUUCUGAAGGCAAGUUGCCUUUUCAUAUUUUAUUAUGUGGUUUGUUUGAUAACAAAGAGAUGUGUGGUAUUAGUGACAAAUGCAACCCCUUUAUAAUGUAUAAGUGAUAUUCUGUAAACUUUUAUUCAAAGUUACGAUAUGAAUGCUGUUACGAAGGAAUAACUAAUAGGAUACAGAGUGAUCCUAUAUAUUUCAUUUUCAGCAUUUCCUCCUUGACGUG